AUUCAACUCUUAUCAUGUUUCAAAAGAUGUUCUUUGCACCGAUUCUUUCAAGAACCAAUAUGAUAUCAAGGUAAAUACUCUGAGCGAUCACUGGGCGGCUGUCGGCGCGAAGAUCUUGGCUCCUGCAAUGUGGAUAUUGCAGUAACCAAUAGAACAUCCAGAAGUUCACUUCUGCUGCUCACAAGAAUUAAAUCCCAGAUUGCGAAUAUCACAUGGCCAAGGUGGAGGUCAACGCAUAUAAAGUCUUUGCGUUGGUCAUUGAAACCUCAAUUCGAGUUGGUCUCACUCGGUACCUUCGAACGCCAUCAGCCUGCCCAAAUGUUCCCCUCUAAGGCUCUCCUGUUUAUUCUCCUCGUUGCGCUGUCCUCUGUGGACGCAUCUCCCUUGCGCCGUGAGGAUGGCAGGGUAACCCUCAGCUUCGCCGCUAGGGUGAACGCCAGGGGUGCCGUUAAUGUCGCCGCAGCCGACAGGGCUCGCGCUCAGGCGAUGAAGCAGGCUGGUUCCAAGGGCAAGCGUACUGGCAAAUCCUCUUUCAGCAUAACCAACUCUGUCGUUUCUUACACUGCCCAAGUUGGUGUCGGCAGCCCCGCCACUGAGUAUACACUUAUCAUUGAUACGGGCAGCUCCAACACCUGGGUAGGUGCAGACACACCAUACAAUCCCACUAGUACUAGCGUGGAUACUGGUAACACUGUCGACGUCUCUUAUGGUUCCGGUUCUUUCUCCGGAGAGGAAUACACGGACAAAGUUACUUUAUCUUCUGGUUUGGUCAUUGCUACACAAUCUAUCGGAGUCGCGAGCCAAGCAACCGGCUUCGACGGCGUGGAUGGGAUUCUCGGAGUCGGACCGACUGACCUGACGGAAGGCACCGUCUCUAGCGUUGAUGAAGUCCCCACUGUCAUCGACAACCUUUACAGCCAGGGACACAUCGGCACAUCAGCCCUCGGGAUCUACUUUGUUCCUGCCUCUGCCCCUAACAGCGCCGGCGAGCUUACCUUUGGUGGUCACGAUAGCUCAAAGAUAACGAGCCCAGUGACCUACGUCCCUCGCACGACCACGUCACCUGCUAGCAAUUACUGGGGUAUCGACCAGUCUAUUGCCUAUGGGCAUUCCACCAUUUUGUCCGAGACUGCUGGUAUUGUCGACACCGGCACGACUCUCGUCCUCAUUGCCUCCGAUGCGUUCAGCCAGUACCAGACUGCCACUGGUGCUACGAUGGAUGAGACCACUGGUCUCCUGACGAUCAGUUCUGAUCAGUAUGCUAAGCUGCAGUCCCUGACGUUCAAGAUUGGCGGCAAGGCCUACGUCCUGACGCCCAACGCCCAAAUCUGGCCCCGUUCCCUCAACAGUGACGUGGGCGGCAGCAGCGACAGCAUCUACCUUAUCGUUUCUGAUUUGGGCAGCGACUCUGGUUCUGGCUUGGACUUCAUCAACGGUUAUGCAUUCCUUCAACGCUACUACUCGGUCUUCGACACUACCAACAGCCAAAUCGGCUUCGCAACUACCUCAGAUACCGAUGCCGUGUGCAACUAACAUAACCAUCUUCUGACUUGACGCUCAUAUGCG